CCCUAUCCACGCUCACACACGCACCGCGUUCAACCCGGACAAUGUCUAUGAAGCCGCACCAACGCCCGAACCACCACAGGCAAUAUUUUCGCUCCCAAAAAUCACACUCAUGAAUAAUAUCCCACAUUUCUGCCCCACGCCGUAAAAUAUGAUUUGCAUUUCCAAUCGGGCGAGGAAACGAAGGUGAGGAGGACGACGGCGGUGGAUAGGAGCUAAAGAUAGAGGCGCUUCUUCUGGAAGGUGCAGGAGGGAAGGAGGGAGGAGGAGGAGGGGGCCCGCUGCUCCCUUGUUGUCUAAGAGGAUAAAGAAAAAAGAGAAAACGAGCUAUUUUUAAUCUGGCUGUUUGGACUAUCCUCCGGUGACACCAUGACCAGCGGGCCGGAUGAGAGCUCGGUGCGGGUCGCCCUGAGGUAAGGAUGCAGAGGAGGACCCUUCUCUCCGUGAUGCUCUUGAACACUCCACCUGCUUGGACCGUUCACAUGUUAUUCCUAUUUAUGCUUUUAUUUUUCACUAUUUCCCACCAUUUGCCAUUAAUAGAAUUUAGAUUAGCAACCUACAUCGACUCAGAUCCACUAAUUCAGACAAUACCCUUCCUCCCCUAAUGUGCUUUUAUUUUGAAACUUCUUGCAACAUGCUCCCCAUUUGCUGCAAGUACCAGGAUCAGAUGCCAGUGCUUAAAUGUGCAUGUAUGUGUUUUAAAUGUAUGCACUAACCUACAUGUAAUGCUUCACAGUGUGUAUGAAUGGAGCUCCCAGGGAUUAGUCAGCGAAAAGCCUGUAACUCCUCCUAGCAGCAGUGGGAACAGCACUGACAUUGCUCCAUGCUUUUCAAAUUACAGACAAGGAAGAUUAACCUCAUUGAUCAGCACAUGUGAUCCAUUUGUAGUCAGGUUUUAAGGCAGUAUAUUUAUUGUAUCCUUGUUUGUGUUUGCUGUAUCUUGCUGAUCUGACCCUUGUCCCUUCUGCUGAGCCGUGGUGUCACCUAGCUGGCAGAUAGACUCAGAUAGCCUCAGCCUGAUCGCCACUUAUAAUAGUGUGUCAGCAUGUGAGAAAAGCAGCUCAAGAACAGGCCGGUGAAGGGGGCAGGUGCUUUUCUUUGUGGGACUUUUGUAAAGAGAAACUGGCCUGUCAUAUGAAACGGAUCAAAAAAGACAAAAGCGAGUCCGUCGUCUCAUGUUUCUCCUCCCCUCUCUGUCUCUUUUCUUCCUGGCUUGUUAUUAUGCAUUCAGACUUUGACCCAGAACCGUGUUUACUGAGCCAACUCAGUUCACUAUCCCGUCUCAGAUAAUACAUAAUCUGUCAGUGUAUCCCGUCAUGCACUUCAAGCCCAUAGUUCUGUAGGUCUCACUGAUUAUAUCUAACUCCUGAGGAUUUUAAUUUUUCUGUUUUUUGUUUAAAAUGUAAACGAAGGCUCAGGAGUUGCUUGUGUUGUGCCAACUAGACUUCAGAAAGUAAUGAUUUACUUGUAUCAGUGAUUGUAGAAACAAUAGUUAAUAUAGUUUAAUUUAAGUUAUGCCACAAACACUAGGAUAUCAUAUUUCUUUGACGUAGACACUUCUGUGUCUCCUAAUGAAGUGUUUUGGUUUUCAGAUCCACUGUUGUGGUCCACCCUCUCUGCCUGCAUCGACCUUGUUUGUGUUGAUCACAAUGAAUAAGCUAUAAUCAACACUGUGCGUCUGUAUAGCACCAAACAGCAGGCAAAGAGAGUGAGGGAUGUAGUGUGUCUGGACUUGGUGAUAAAGGUGAAUGCAUAUUGUACAAAAGAGAGGCUGUGGUGCCGAAUAAUGAGAGAAACCCAUGCCUUAAACACACAGUAAAACUACAGAGAAAACUCUGUUGGACUAACAUGUAAAGAUUAUUUGAUUUUUUUUGAUUGAUGCUGGUAAAAAUGUCCCUCAGGGUUCUGUCCUGGGUCCCCUGUUGUUGUUUUUUAUACGUUACCGCUGGGAUACCUUCAAAAGUGACUCUUUUCUAUGCAGAUGACGCUCAGCAUGUCUUUAAAUGAUCUAUAUACAUUGAUUGUGUGAGCUGUAUUAAAGGGAUAUUCUGGCGUAAAAUUAUUUUAGGGUCAAACACACCAUAACAACAAGUUAGACACCACUUCAAGAGAUGAAUGUUGCCGACCGCUUGCUUCUCUAGUUAUAUCAACUUUAGUAACGACGGCACGAUAGCAAUACACAGAGCUACACACUCAACCAAAACGCCACUCUAUAGCCACAAAUAAUGCUCAGAACAGCACCUAACUUCAUCAACAGUACAUAUAGGGUCCUAGCCAUAGUACUAGCCACCAAACAUCUUUUUAACUUUGCCUAAUUUCUUUAGCAAAGAGACUAAACACAACUCACCUACUUUCCUCCAGAAGCCACUUGUUUGUAGCGAGACCUCAGGCCAGUCCAUUACGGAAUUCUGCGGGUUGACGCAGCUCAAGGAAGAACAUUCAUGAUCAUUUCUUUAUCAUUUCCUUAUAAUCACCAUAUUUAUCAUUUUGCACUGCAGACAUGGUAGUUCUUCUGCCUUAGCGUCUCGGUCUGAUUGUAUUUCCAUGAAGAAAUGAUCAUAAAUGUUCUUCCUUGAGCUGCGAAACUCCACUGUAGUCUGUAAUGGACUGGCCUGAGGUCUUGCUACAAACAAGUGGCUGCUGGAAGAGAGUAGGUUAGUUGUGUUUAGUCUCUUUGCUAAAAAAUUAGGCAAAAUUAAAAAGAUGUUUGGUGGCUAGUGCUAUGGCUGGGACCCUGUAUGUACUGUUGAGAUGCUGUUCUGAUCAUUAUUUGUGGUUAUAGAGUGGCGUUUUGGUUGAGUGAGUGGCUCUGUGUAUUGCUAUCAUGUGGUCGUUUCUUAAGUUGGUAUAACUAGAAAAGCAAGUGGUCGGCAACAUUCAUCUCUCAACGAGGUGUCUAAUUCUGUGCUACUGUGUGUUUGACCCAAACUUAAUUUUACGCCGGAAUAUCCCUUUAAGACGUGGAUGCCAGGUACUUUUCUCCAGCUGAAUUCUGACCAAACAGAGACUCCUGAUCAUGUUGUGCCUCAUGUGACAGAAAGUCUGGAUGCCUUAUCCUCCGCUGUAAAAUCUGCCUUUUCUUUUGUUCCACACAAUUAGAAAAUCCUAUUAACGUGACAUCAUCCUGUAAAAGCUUUACUUUCACUUCUUAAGUGCUUGAAAGUGCAGUUAGUCAUCUACUAUUAGGUCACCAGCCUUAUCUCACGAGUCCGGAAACAAGUUUUCAUAUUGUGUCUCGCUCUAGCCGUCAGCCUCUCCCCCCUCACUGAUAGCUUAGUUAGCCGCCUGCUUGUGUUUGCAGAAACUUGCAAGCCGGUACCUGCCUCAGCCUGGGAAGUUAAUACUGUCUGUUAGCAAGUCCUUAAUCCUCUACCUCAACAAAGUGACGAAAUGCUCCUUUAUCACCACAAUUGGUGUCUUAUUUGAAAUCACAAGAUCGAGGUUGAAAAGGUUUUGUUAUCUUAAUAUGAGAUGAUGUCGCUUGAACAUCUAGACGCCUCUUGAUGGCUCUCCAGUGAAAGUGUGCCAUGCUACUCUCUCAGGCUUUGAAGCUUUAUUCACUCCUGACAGCAUCCAGAUGGGGCCCUUCAGUAACACAUUACCACGCUUGUUCUGCAAACAUACACACAAACGUAUUUAGCGUUUGUAGGGUUAUCCUCUGUACGCGCAGGUUUGUCAUUCACAUCUGCCUUGUUAUGUAACACUCCAUCUGUUUAUGUAAGUUCACAUCCUUUAUGCCGUUUUAUCCCAUAAAAAUAUAAGAAGUUAACUCUUUUUUUCCAGCCGUAUAAGAACUCUCCCCGCCUGAAGGAGCCAGUCAAGUGACUUAUUAGUGUGUCAAUAUCCUUGAAGUGCCAUUUUAAUUAUUCAGCAAUACAGCAAGAAUUGGCCUUCAGCGAGGAAUCCAGUUUCAAGCUCAUGAAUUUAGAAGAGAUGGCUCUUCCUGUUUAAUUAAUGAUAUGUUGGAAACAUUUUCCCAAGACAACCCUCUGCAAAGAAAUUUGACACCUCUAUCAUAUAGAAGUAGGACCAUAUUUAACCCUUUAAAUAUCCAGAUUGUCUAAUUUCUAUUGGUUACUUUCACGUGUCGUUUAGACUCAGGUUCUGCCCUCUUGACCUUAAUAGAUCAGGUCUGAUGCUGUGGUGAAAGAAAAGGCCUGUGGGUGCUCAUGUGUGUGUAUGUGUGUGUGUAUAUUUAACUUUAAUCCUGUGUCCAUCCGUGCAUAUUGUGAUAAAUAUUCAUGAACCAAUUGAAGUGAACUGAGACACGAAGCUUAGCAUGCUGCAAACCAUCUGCCAGCUCCUGCCAUGUGAUAUUGAACCAACUGAGAUAUUCAGUCACUUCUGUCUGAGUGGAGCGUAACUCAAAAUGGAUUUAUGUUAAUACAUAAAAAAACAACCUGCUGUGGUUUUAUCACUCCUGGUCUCUGGUCUCCUGUCAAAGUGAUAACCACCAUCGUACGCCUCCAUCCACCUCUGUCUCCUCUCCGCCCCCCGGCCCACACACCUUUGACCCAUGGAGCAGUCUGAGCUGUGAUCAGUGACCCUGUCAGAAUUUCUUCACUGCCGCUUUAGUCUGCCCGGUCACCAUGGAUACUGUGCUUUUUUUUCAGGGUUCAGGGGUGUGCGGUGUCAGCCUUUUAAAUGGAUACGAGUCAGUCUCAGAUAUAAAGAGGUUCACUGAAAUGCUGAGUCAGCAAAGCCUGCUCUCUUUCCUUUUCUUCUCUUUCUGCCGUCCUCCUACCCACCUUAGUUUACUCAACAGUUUUUAAUUAAAUAAUUUUUAUAAUAAUUUUUGUAAUAUAUAUGUUAUCGUUUUAUCGCCCAGCCCUACUUAGAGAAUACAGCUUUUUAUCCCUCUGCAGGUGGCUCUUUGGACCCUAAAAGUGUUGCCUCAAGCUCCAGGUCUGAAGCAGGUUGAUGACUCGUCAGAGCGUUGAGCUUAAAUUAGCACACAACGGACAGCUAACUCAAUGAAUUGACUCUUCAAGUCAAGAGCAGCUGCUUGACUACGAAGAGCGCUCCUGCAUUAGUGCUGCAUCACUCAUGAGUCUCUCUACAACGACAAACAAACGGGAUCUCUCCAUAAUGAGAAUGCUGACUCAGCCUGAUUUCAGCAUUUACUUUAUUUCGGCUUUUAACUUCCUCCUUUCUUCCUCUUCUUGCCCCCCGGCGCCCGUUAGACCAGAGUCAUAUGUUUCCAAGUCUGGCCCGCACACAGUCGCACAAGUUCACCUGCUGGCUAAAGCAGCAUAGACAAUCUGUUUAUGUGUGUUUGAGCAUAUGAUAAGUACUGUUUGUUGUACCUUAAGGCGUUCUCUAAGCACAUGCACGAUGAAAUAGACAAGAGUGGAAGAGUGGAAAAGUGGGCGUGGCCUGCAGAAACAGAAACAUGGAAACAUAAUAGCUGUUAAUGGGACUCUGAUUAUGUCCCUGUCUGCAGUUUUUUCCCUCAACACCGCCUCAGUGGUGCCUGUGUUCAGGGGGCACCUGCAUUUGUGGACCCCUGUGAACCCCUGUUGGAUAGCAUCACUGUCAUCAGUCCACAUUUAAGGCUCUCGCCGGACUACAGUCGACUCCUAUCUUCAUCAAAACAGUCAGAUGGACAUUCUUCUGCUGCUUAGCCUCGGUUAUUAUUGAAAUCGCUCCUCGUGACACUUGAGGAGAGCGCUGUGUGCUGCACUUGAAAACAGAAGCUAUUUAAAGAUGUUGUUUGUCACAUUAGAUAGUAAGACUUGAGAUAUUUGGGUGAAUUUCUCCUUUAAAAACAAAAUUAGGCUCAAAAUUUAGGAUGAAGUCAGGAUAUGAGUCAGAGCGCCAGGAGCAGGAUGAGCUGUUUCUGCUGAAUCCCUCAGGACUGUCUUUGCCCGCUCUACAUCCUAAACCAAAAAUGAGAUCAUGAUGAUCAGAUUAGAGAGGAAGGAACAAAGCAUAUAGCUUUAAUCCUGUUGUCGGUAAUGAUGAGGAGUGAUCAUUUGCAUCUUGGGAGAGAUUUGAUUGGAGUGAUGUCAGCGUGUGAUUCAAAGGGCUGUUUCAGGAAAGUAGAAAGGACUGAGUCUGUUUUACCUGCAUUUACCAUCAUUUCUUUCCUUUGGUAUAUGAAUAAUAUGUGUGUGCAUGUGUGUGUGUGUGAGAGAGUGUGCAUGGGGAACCCACUGUUUCUCAGGUUGUCACUAUAAUUGCUGUAAUGAGACUGAGUGCAGGAGCUUUAAAGGACUUGUCACGUGGGGAGAGACUGACAAAGCCCCUCUAACGUGGCUCCCUGCCUGUGAUGGGAUGUGAUGUAUAGGUAUGUGUGUAUGUGUGUAGUUAGGAACAGGUUAAUUUAUAGUGACAGUCUUUCCUGUUUGCAUCCCUUAUUGGUGUUCCUGUACAUUGACAAAUGCCUUCACAGGUAGCAGCAGAUUUUGUCAGAGCAUGUUUGAAAGUUUCAUCCUUUGCAAAGUUCUUGUUAGUCUAAAAACUAGCAUAUAGUGGGGCCAGAUUUCCUAAAGAAACAGCCUAAGUCAGUUUGUGCGUGUCACUUUGGAGGGUAGACUUCCGCAGCACUGAAGGACAGACUUCAUUCAACCAGAGGAGGCCGGUGUUUUGAGUUGUUCAUGUAGGUUCUCUUUCAUCCAGGUCAUGGUUUUCUUGAAGACUCCAAAAUCAGGCAACUGGACUGUGUGGAGUUGAGAAGACGUUUCGCCUCUUUUCCAAGAAGCUUCUUCAGUUCUAAUUAUUGCUAGUGUGAGGAGCAGAUAUUUAUCUUACUGGAGAAGGGGACAGACAAGUCCUUGUCAUCCCAGUCAUUGUCUGUCCCCUUCUCCAGUAAGAUAAACAGUCUGGUUGCCUGAUUUGGAGUCUUCAAGAAAAGUGUUUUGAGUUGAAGCCUGGCAGAUCUUUAUCACAAGCACAGCAGCAAGACAUGCUUCAAUCACACCUAGCUUAUCCCUUUUUAUUGUUAGGUAACAUGUGAUGCCAGACUUUCUGUUAGUUUAGUUAUGAGUCCACACCCAAUAAUCCCAAUAGACGACUUCCCUGUCUCUGUAUAUUAAGGCUGUAAUGUUACACUGAUGGUUAAUGUGCCAAACGCUACAUCAGACUCUUCUUGAAGCAUCAUGGGAAACCUACAGUGGUCCAGUUGUAUUCUACUAUAACUACAAACACUGUGGGUAGGGCUGUCCUGAUAUGAUAUUGAUAUUGGAUAUCGGUCCAAUAUCAGCCAAAAAACAAAUAUCAGAUUAUAUCGGACUGCAUCUAAAAUCUCUGAUAUCAACACGCCCAUAAAAAGGAGUCCAUUCCAGACUCAACUCCAGCACCUCCAGCUAGCAGAGCCCACGUAGUCAUGACAAUGUGAUCAAUAUCAGAAUCGGCCGAUACUGAAGGCUACAAUAUCGGUAUCGUAUCGGAAGUAAAAAAGUUGUACCGGGACCCCUCUAUAUGUGGGCAAAUACAGCUGCUGGAAGACGUAACAAUCAUGUCUUGUCACUUUCUUUAUAUUCGUCUUCUUUCUUUCUUUCACUCUAUUUCUUACAUUUCCCUCUUUGCCCUCUCCCCCCUUUCAGUGCAGCUUGGUACAGAGGAGAUAUUGUAGAAAAGCUGUCAGACAAACUGGCACUGAUAUGAGCAAGUAUUUGCUUGUAUUUCAGUGUAUAUUACUUGUCGACUUUUACCUCCAAGUCCAUAUUUGUUUCACACUUGGUAAGAUCCUGAAGCGAACAAUGAGCCAGUGACUUCAUGCUCUUGCUGUCAGCUUCAGUGAGUGUCUCCAUUGUUACUCUGUUUUGCAGUAAUGGCUGUCAAGUUUUGGGAUGGUGGCCAAAGAGAUAACUGCAGACAGUGCCCUAAAACAAUUAUGGCACUAAACUACGAUAAUACAGAAGUAAGGAGGAGGAUAAUGGAUAGGCUGGAAAAGCUGGUGAUUGAUUUGCAUCCUUCUGAUUAUUCUGUGACCUUUUCCGUCUCCCAAAGCAAGAUCAGAUGUCUAUACGGUAAUCAUUUAUCAGAAUAAAGCUCAAAUCUGACCGCGCACUGUCACUCAGGUGUAGAGUUACCGCAGGCAUGACUCCUCAAGUCUGGAUCCAUCCCAUCCAGCCUCUGUCCUCUUCGCUCAUCAGACCUGUAAUCCCAGAUCGAGUCUGCCAAAUAGCUGGGAUCUGAUGUCACGCAUGCACACACAGGCGUGCUCGCUCGCACUGGAACUGUAUUAUCAGCGGGUUACUUUUUGUAAAGCUGCUCACUGAAUGCAAAGUCUAUGCAAAGUAGCACAUCCACAGGCCUGAGAUACAAAACAGAACUUUGCUUAGAUUCUCAGGCGUUUAAUGGGUUUAAAAUGGCCAGUCACCUCCCUUGCUUGUCUCCAAUAUUCCCACUUUCCUUUUCAGGUGGACAGUGAGUUCAGUGAUGACAAGUAGUGGUGCAUCAUGGGAGGAAAUGAUGUAACAACAACAGUGUGUUUAUACGCAGAAAAGCAAACAGAGAUUCCUUAAUGAAACUCAGGGUGGGACUGUUUACCCAGAGCUCACUCUUUCACUCCAGGCCUGGGCUCUGGCCCUGUCCUGAACAGUGAGAGCUCUGUACUGUACUGUGUGUAGUGCCUGCUGGAGAGUGCACUGCUACUUCAUAGUCAUUCACACCCACACUACACCAACAGUAGCAGCACACAUCUACUAGCAGCUCAGUAAAGAAGAAAAUAGGACCUGUCUCCAGAUUAGAUACUUGUUUUUAUCAUAAACCUGAAAUGAAAAAUUAGGCAAAGGUUCCUAAAGGUCAAAAAAAUGAGAAUUUUGUCAUGCUGUUAUAGGUUUAGACUGGUGCAUUGAACAUCUCCAUCAUGUCUCAUUUGAGUCACUAAUAAACAGUCUUUUCUGGGAGUCCCUGAGCUCCAUCAUGUCGUAGAUUCCUCUAGUUCACUGUUUUGGAUCCUCCUGCUUUCCAGCUUAUCCAACUACCUCCAUCAAUCUCACCUCCGUCCAUCUCUCUCUUUCUUCUCUAAACCAUAGACUGUAUAUAGAAUGGACGCCGUCUGCCUCCUCGCUGGGUGAAGCCACCGCGAGAACAACACCCUCCGGUGACGGGCUGCAGUAUAGGUCAUAAAUCCCACCUCCUUCAGCAAUCCCUAUGGAGCUCUGGACAAACUUUAGAAAUUUAUUAAACAAGAAUAUACAUUUUUCUCCCCCCUGGUUGCGAUGUUGACGUAGUAAUUGUAAGACCAGUUUGUGUGCAAGUCCUCAUUAGGGGGCAUUAGGCAAGUUAUUAGGGGGGUUCAUGUUUUCUAUGAUUGACAAUUGAUACAGCCUAUGGGUGUACAAAGAUUGCAUAGCUCACCAGGGGGAUAUGCUGUUUGAGACGAGCGUCAUCACAGCGACUCUUGAAAUGCGUACAAUGCUACUGCGCAAGUGGUAGUUCCAGGAAGAAAUACCGAGAGCAAUUUGGCCCUUUAAACCCAGCUCAGUCUCAGCAGAUGACUGUCUAACAUGUGUCUGGUCCUGCUCGAGGUUUCUGCCUGCUGUACGACUGGAGUCAUGUUAGCAUUUCUGUUGCUUGCGCAGCUGUUACCUUGUUGAGUUUCGAAUAUCUGUGUGUGUAUAGGUCAACACAAGCUUAUAUGAUGAAUUGAGUUCUAAGUAUUAUGUACUUCACCUUACUUUAAAGCUCCUGAAGGGAGUUUUUCAUGGGUUGCCGAACAGGCUGAAAUCAUCAGUGAUGUGACUCUAUGACGUUCAAAAGCAAAUGAAACCAUCAAUGACAACAUUAGCAGUUUUUAUACUGUACCUUUAAAGGUCUGGAACUGCUGUGAGGGGGUAGGUAUGCAAGAGAAACCAGCUGUUUUACUUCUACCGCUGCAAAUUUCAUGAUUGAGUGAUAAAUUUAACUGCAAAAGCACUACAGAAAGUAAUUAUUUUUCAAUUAACAUCACUUUCUGAAGGAAGAAACGAAAUCAGCAACAAUAUAAGGGUUAAAACUUUGUCCACAGGGGGCACCAAAAUCAACAAAAACAGAAAGUUCCUCACAGGAGCUUUAAUACUUUGUCUCAUGGUAACAGGACUUGCACUUGAAGUUGUCACCAAGUGCCUCUUUUUGUCUUUCAGGAUCCGUCCUCAGCUGGCCAAAGAGAAGAUCGAGGGCUGUCACAUUUGUACAUAUGUGAUGCCUGGGGAGCCACAAGUAGUUCUGGGUAAGGACAAGGCCUUCACCUAUGACCAUGUGUUCGACAUGGACAGCCAGCAGGACGCCAUCUACACCCACUGCACAGAGAGACUGAUUGAGGGCUGCUUUGAAGGCUACAACGCCACAAUCUUUGCAUAUGGACAGGUUGGUCAGCAGGCUCUCUACUUCUACGAUCAGUAGCGUUGUGUAUUCACUCACUCAUUUGUUUUUAAUAUGAAUUGCUGAAGGGAUUGGAGCAGCUUCCAUCAUCUCGAGAUUUAUGGCGGCUUGUGAUAUGAAGCUAAUUUCAUUUCAUAUCAGGAGCGAGCAGCUGCACAGGCUCUGCCGGUACAAUAUCAGCUGGCGUGUUUCAACCUGCUCUCAACAGCGAGCUUCAUAUUUGCAGUGAUAGAUUAGCUCGAGAGGGAGAGAUAGAGAAGGAGUUUAUUACCCCAUCAGAACAGAGUGUGCUCUAAGCUGUGUGAUGAUAUUUAAAGGGAUAUUCCAGCGUAAAAUUAGUUUAGGGUCAAACACAUCGUAACAUUGAGAGAUGAGUGUUGCCAUCCACUUACUUUUCUAGUUUUACUAACUUUAUUAACGACCGCAGGAUAGUGAUACACAGCGGUCUGAGGAGCCAUAAACAAACCUCAACCAAAAAGCGAGACCUCAUAAAAGUCCAUUACCGACUGCAGUGGGGUGCCGCAGCUCAAGGAAGAACAUUUAUGAUCAUCAAGCUAAGGCGGAAGAACUACCGUGUCUGCAGUGCAGAUUGAUUGAUAUAGUGAUUAUUACUUAAAGGAAAUGAUAAAGAAUUGAUCAUAAAUGUUCUUCCUUGAGCUGCGGCACCCCACAGCAGUCUGUAAUGGACUGGCCUGGAGGUCUGGCUACGCACAAGCGACUGCUGGAAGAGAGUAGGUGACUUGUGUUUAGUCUCUUUGUUAAAGAAAUUAGGCAAAGCUAAAAAGAUGUUUGGUGGCUAGUGCUGUGGUUAGGACCCUAUAUGUGCUGUUGAUGAAGUUAGGUGCUGUUCUGAGCAUUAUUUGUGGCUAUAGAGUGGCGUUUUGGUUGAGGUUUGUUGAUGGCUCCUCAGACCGCUGUAUAUCGCCAUCCUGUGGUCAUCACUAAAGUUGGUAAAACUAGAGAAGCAAGCGGUCGGCAACAUUCAUCUCCUGAGGGGGUGUCUAACUCUGUGUUAUGGUGUGUUUGACCCUAAAGUAAUUUUACGCCGGAAUAUCCCUUUAAGCAGCUAAAAGGAAGAUAAUCUUACCUCAAACCCUCGACAAAUGCAGCAGGAUAAGCCAAGAGAAAGUUGUGUUACUGUUACAGCCCUGCUUUCUCAUGACUUUUAAACAAACCCUGAAUAAACCCUCCCUCACCAUCCUUCUGCUGAGAUAUCCUCACUGCCUCAGUCUUUAGCUGAACCCAAACAGCGAAGCUCUCCCUCUUCUUAAUCUUUCCCUUCACUCUUCUUUCUUUCUCUUCAUUAUUCUCUCCCCACAUUGUUCCUGCAGCUCUUGUAUUCCCGUCAAAAGGCCUUUCACAGAGCACAGUUGAGGCCACACACACCACUCCAGGCUCCCACAGGCACAACAUACAAAGUGUGUGUUGUUGCGCACAAAGUAGCUUGACAGGUGCAGUCGCGAAGAAGAAAAUGGACUAACACACUCUGUUGUGUGUUUCGCAUACACACAUUUUCUGGUACACACUCCGUGAUCUGUCAGUCGACAGUCGUACGCGCUCUUUUCAGAGUUUCCUCCAUGGAUCCUGGGCUGUUGCAUUCCUCCUCUUGUCACCAUGGUGACCACCCUUUUCUCUAUGACCCCCCCAAAUUAGGGAAACUUCUCAGAGCUGCGUGAGGGAUUCAGAUAAGAAACUGGAAAAAACAUUUAAAGACUCAAACCUUAAUGGACUUCCUGUCAUGUGGUAAAGUAACAAAAGACAUAUUAUCUUCCACAUCCAGACAGGUUCAGGGAAGACCUACACGAUGGGAACUGGCUUUGACGUCAACAUCGGAGAAGAAGAGCUGGGUAUCAUCCCCCGGGCGGUCAACCACCUGUUCAAAGGGAUCGAAGAACGCCGACAGGCCGCCACGGAGCAGGGCAAACCGCUUCCUGAGUUCAAGAUCAACGCUCAGUUCUUGGAGGUGCAGAAAAGAUCCACACGCAUGAUAAACUUAACUUUUAUUUUGACCCCAAUUAUGUGUCCACACGGGGUCCGAACUCAAACAUCCAGUCCACUUAAAGUCCAUUAGUUAGAUGUGGGUAGAACCUGCUGACAGCGAGGGGUGAGAGGUCAGCGGGGGGGUGUAAUUUAAAGAUGCUAAAACAGCCAAAAUGACCCGGCAGCCAUUAAACUGUCAUUAGUCUGUCGUCUCUGUGGUCGGCUCCUGGCUACAUUUUUGACAGCCGUCAUGUGUCAGCUGACAGAUGGUGAGGGGGCGGCUGAGGAGAAGAGACAAGGCUGGAAAAAAAGAUGAUUUAUUUGUGUUUUAAGUUCGUAAAAUUAAGUUCGUUAAAUAUUUCCAGUUGAGGAUCAAUAAAGUUCUUCUUCUGCUGGUCCCCACCUUCUGGAAUUCACUCCCCAAACCCAUCUGAGACUGUAGAGACCCCCGUGAUUUCAAAUCACUCCUUAAAACAAACCUUUUUAAAUUGGCUUUUAACCUGUGAACUGUUCUUUUAUUGUCUUUUCAUAUUGUUUCUUUUUUAACUUUUUACAUUGUUGGUCUUAUUACUCAAAAUUUUCUGUAUUUUGAAUUGUGUUUUUUUGUAAAGAGUCUCUAAGCACCUGUAAAAGCACUAUAUAAAUAAAAUCUACGAUUAUUAUUAUAUUAUAUUAUUUGUCUUAUUCUCCAGCUGUACAACGAGGAAGUGCUGGACUUAUUCGACUCAACGCGAGACAUCGACGCCAGGAGGCAGAAAUCCAACAUCAAAAUCCACGAGGAUGCGAACGGAGGCAUCUACACUGUGGGGGUCACCACUCGCACCGUGACCUCUGCGGCAGAGGUUAGUUUAACCCCCCCACUUCUUUUUUUAAAUUUUUUAUAUAUGUUCAUUAAACAAAACAAGAACACAUGAUGAAAAACAAUCAUAGAAACAUACAUUUGGCUCUCACACACACACAUUAAAGUUCAAAUUUAUAUAGGUGAGAGAUUCAGGAGUCAUCCUACACAAAUAAAAUAAGUAAAAUAAAAGUAAAAUAAAUCAGGUGUACAUUACCAUGCAUAAUAGGUUCAUAUGUUCAAAGAAAGGUACACAGAAGCAAAAACAUAAAUUAAAUAGGACGUCAUUUUCAAGGCAGCAUCCUCCUGAUCUUCUUAAGUCACAUGAUCAUCAGAUAAAUUUUGAUUGUUAGUGUGGUUGUCACUUUUUCGCUCCUCUCCUCUAACAGAUGAUACAGUGUCUGAAGCUGGGAGCUCUUUCUCGUACCACUGCCAGCACUCAGAUGAACGUCCAAAGCUCACGCUCUCACGCCAUCUUCACCAUCCACCUCUGCCAAGUUCGAGUGUGCUCUGCUGAGAACGAUGUAAGUACUCUGACAAACUCAAAGCGCUCUCCCCCGACAUCCUUGUGCUCAUUUUCUUUUUGUCUUCUCCUCCAGGAUAACGAGACUGACAACCGUCUGGUGAACAGCUCUGAGAUUAACGAGUUUGAGACGCUGACGGCGAAGUUUCACUUUGUGGACCUGGCUGGUUCUGAGAGGCUGAAGAGAACCGGAGCGACAGGAGACAGAGCUAAAGAAGGCAUCUCCAUCAACUGUGGACUGGUGAGAAAGCUCACAGAGAUUUUGUUUUACAAAGGGGAGUGGCCUCAAAGGUCAAAGGUUACUGCUUUUUCUAUUACUAUUGAGUCAGGAUGAAAAGCAUACCUCUGUCAUUGAGUGAGUUUUUCUGAAGCCAUAUUUGUGGAGCCGCUGAGACCUCUGGUGGCCAGAUUAUGAACUGCAGGCUAAAACAUGAGAACUGAUUCUCACAAAAUCUUUCUGUUUCCUCUCAGCUCGCUUUGGGAAACGUCAUCAGCGCUCUGGGAGACAGGAGUAAGCGGUCCACGCAUGUGCCUUACAGAGACUCCAAACUGACUCGGCUGUUACAGGAUUCCCUGGGAGGCAACAGGUGGGCAGGACUGGAUCCUCUGGGUUGAUUUAGAAACAAAACCUUGAUUUGAAAUAAGUUACUGAGCUUAGGGGUCUCCCGAUACAACUUUUUUACCUCCGAUACAAUACCGAUAUUGUACCCUUCAGUAUUGUCCGAUAUCGAUAUUGAUACGAUACUUGUGCAUGACAAGUUUUGCACUCAGCUGUCACGUCUUUUUCCAACUUUAAUGAAACAUACUGCCACAGGGCUGACAAAACUCCUACUCCUUGGUACUAUAUUGUUGUUGUGAUCAUGUGGGCUCUACAUGCUGGAUCAGGGCGCUGCUAGAUAGAGGUGCUGGAGCGGAGUCUGGAAUGGACUGCAUGCAUCAGAGUGCUGAUAUCCGAGAUUUUAGAUGCAGGCCAAUAUUAUCCGAUAUUCGAUUUUUUGCUGAUAUCGGGCCAACUGAUAUCAAUAUUGUUAUAUAAUUUAAUUAAGUUAGGGUCAAACACACCAAAUUAAUUUUAUGCCGGAAUAUCCCUUUAAGCUGCAGCUACAAGCUUCCCCUUUGUAAUCAAUAGAUGCCAGGAAGAAAUCAGGUUUGUGAGUUGUCUUUCUUAUAAUUUACCAUUUCCUUUCCUUUUUCUCCAGUCAAACUGUGAUGAUCGCCUGCAUCAGCCCAUCAGACCGGGACUUCAUGGAGACCUUAAACACGCUAAAGUACGCCAACAGAGCGCGAAACAUCAAGAACAAGGUGAUGGUGAACCAGGAUCGAGCCAGUCAGCAGAUCAGCGCCCUGAGGACGGAGAUAGCGCGACUGCAGAUGGAGCUUAUGGAGUACAAGACGGUAAGACGGCGGCAGAUGCGCAGAGUUUGUAUAAGAUGAAACUCAACAAAGCUGUAUGUGAUAUUUAUCGCCCUGUUUUAUACCAGGGGAAGCGCAUGCUGGGCGAGGACGGCAUGGAGGGCAUCAACGACCUGGUCCAUGAGAACUCAAUGCUGCAGACGGAGAAUAACAACCUGAGGGUGAGAGUGAAGGCCAUGCAGGAAACCAUCGACGCCCAGAGAGCGAGACUGACACACAUCCUCAGUGACCAGGCCAACCAGGCUCUGGCGAAAACAGGUAAAGACUAAAACCCUUAUCACCAGUUUUUUACUCUUAGAUUCUUAAAGAGAAGGUUUUUUCUUCGUUGGGGACAUUAAAUGCAAAAAAGUUCAACCUUUUAAAUAAAAAGUCGUCUUCUCUACUUCUAAGGGGAAGGUACUGAAGAGAUCGGAAACAUGAUUCAGAAUUACAUCAAAGAAAUCGAGGAGUUGCGGUACGUUGGAUGUAAAUCUGGGGCACAAAUACUGAACUUGUUGAUUUAGUUCGAUGAAUUAACUUUUUAUACUUUUCUUCUCCUGCAGAGCCAAACUUCUCGAAAGUGAGGCCGUGAAUGAAAACCUCCGGAAGAAUCUGUCCCGGGUUUCUACGCGUUCCUCGUUGUUCGGCGGCCCCGGAUCCUUCUCCACCCUCCUCGCCCCUGAGAAGGAGGCCAGCGAGGUCAUCGAGAUGGCGAAGAAAGAUCUGGAGAAGCUCAAAAAGAAGGAGAAGAAGAAGAAGAAGAGGUAAAGUGAUUAAACCGAUGACGCCGUUGAGCGGUUUACUUUCCGAACGUGAUUAUCUUCUGUGAGGAUUUCAAGUUUUGAGGGGUCAUGGAAGAGUUGUAGGUGAAGUCAAGCUCAUCUGCAUCUCCAAGAUCAUCAUUUGACGUCUUUUGUUUUUGUUCGAAUCUCUUCACUCACCUGUUUCUGUUCUCUCACUCUGUUUCUCCCCUAUCGUGUAAUACUUCCCUCACUUCGGUCUGUCUGCCCUCUCCACCUUCUCCUCCUCACCUCUCCAUCUCCACCCUUAUCCGUCCAUUUUUUGUCUAUGAAGACUAAGGCGAUAUGAAGAAAGUCACCAUCAGGAGCUUGAACACACAAGGUUUGCUCACAUCCUGUCCGGUACUGGAUCAGAUCUGAAACUGUUUCAAUUAGCGGCAGUGCAAAUCAUGUCCCAGAAUGCACCAGAUUAAUAAUUGAAAGGUUGUUGAUUCCGCUCCAAAUUCAUCUCUCCCCUUCUGAGCUUAUCGACUAAUCCGUCACUUUCUCUGCGCCUGCAGGUGGUUUACCCUCCUGGGGGGAGCAGAUACUCUAACCGGCUCCUAACUCCUCCUCUUGACCCCGACCUCUGCCUCUUUUUCCCUCUUCCUCGAACGCAGCAAGAUGUUGAUCAGAUUCCCAGACAUAACCUCCAGUUUUAACGUUGAAUAUUUCGAGCGUAUGUGGAAUAAGAUCAACAAAUCUUGGUUGUGUGUUGCACCUUUCUUCGUAGAGUGAAAUCAGAUUUCAGCGUUGGUGGUAAAAGCUGUUUUUGUGUGAUUAAUGUCUUUCCCGGUGUUUCAUGUACUCCCUGACCUCCACCCUGAACUCAUUCAUUAAUCAACUCUGAUCCACAUCAUCUGCAUGCACACUUUAAUCCAGACUUAAAUUGCAGUUCCUCCCGAACUGACCAACAGAUUGAGCUCCGUGUUCCCCGUCAGCGGUCUGCUAACGGUCCUUUUUUUCCUCUUUCAGUGUCGUCAAGGAGGAGCAGCCCGACAACGAGCAGGAGCGAGGCAACAACGAAGCGGAGGUGGUGAGCAGACUUUGACUCUCUACUUCGAGAUGUUGUCGCAUAGAUACGUCUCAUAAUCAUCGUGUUAUUUGUGUGCCGCCAGGAGGGGAGUGACCACGAAGAGGGCGAGGACGCAGAUGGAGAGGAGGAGGACUUUGACAUGGCUGGAGAUGAAACAUCUGAGGAGUCUGACUCGGAGGAACUCGAGGAGAAAGGUGAGGUUGAACCGCACCCGGAAUUGAUCGAAUUAGGACGGCGCUCACGGUUUGACGUUGUGCUUCUGUGCAGAAGACUUCCAGGCUGACCUGGCAAACAUCACCUGUGAGAUCGCGAUCAAGCAGAAGCUUAUAGACGAGUUGGAGAACAGCCAGCGGCGUCUGCACACCCUGAAGCAGCAGUACGAGCAGAAGCUGACGAUGCUGCAGAACAAGAUCAAAGAUACGCAGCUGGAGAGGGACAAAGUGCUGCAUAACAUGGGUAACAAGAGACCCGUGGAUCAGACUCUUUGGUUCUUUUGCAGCAUGAAAUAAAAAUACUGAAAGGCUAUCCUCUUCUUUAAAAGGUUCAGUGGAAUCAGGUACUGAGGAAAAGGCCAAGAGGAUCAGAGCUGAGUACGAGAGGAAGCUGAGCUCCAUGAACAAAGAGCUCCAGAAGCUCCAGUCGGCUCAGAAGGAGCACGCCCGCCUCCUGAAGAACCAAUCACAGUACGAGAAACAGCUCAAGAAACUGCAGCUGGACGUGACGGAGAUGAAGAAGACCAAGGUAAAGAGAUAAAGAGACGAGCUGUGAUUUUAAAGUGUUGUUUUUACACUUCUUUCAGCGCUCGUUUCCAUCGUGCGGUGCUCUUUGUCCACUAGGUGGCACUGAUGCGUCAAAUGAAAGAGCAGCAGGAGAGGAACAGAGCCUCGGAGUGCAGGAGGAACAGGGAGAUCGCCUCUUUGAAGAAAGACCAACGCAGGGCAGAGGUACAAACUACGAAGAGGAACAGAGAGAAUCUCACAGUCGAAUAUUUACCUUCAUCUUAACCGUCUUUGUGUUUUAUUCCUCUCACAGUAUCAGCUGAAGCAAAUGGAGGCCCAGAAGAGACAGCAGGAGUUGAUCAUUCGCCGAAAGAAUGAAGAGGUGAGACACUCAGAGUCACAUAAGAGAGAAUCGUUCGUUUAUUCCCUCUAAUGGACAAAAUGACUUUCCUUUUUUUCCAACUGUUAAAGGUCACAGCACUGAGGCGGCAGGUUCGGCCCGCGUCAGGGAAGGUGAGCAGGAGGGUCAGCCUUCCCGAACCUCACCAUGAACCGUCGCCAAGAGCCUCACCUGCGAGAAUAAACACCUACGGGACAUCGCCGCUGAAUGGAGCCAGGUGCUGCUUCAUCUGUUUGUGUGUGUUUUUCAUGUUCGGAUGUUUGUUUGUGUUUUUAACUCCAACUCUCUCUCUUCAGGAACUCCCCAGUGAGGAUGGGAGGUAGCUACCUUAGCAGAACAGCGAGGGCGAAGUGGCAGUCACUGGAGAGACGUGUCAGCGACAUCAUCAUGCAGAGGAUGACCAUCCUGAACAUGGAGACAGACAUGAACAGACUGCUAAAGGUAACUACAGUCAUCCUGCAACAGAAGAAUUCCUACACUGCCCCUCGUCUGCUUCUCCUUAAUCACUGCCUGUUACUAAUAGCAACGGGAGGAGCUGACCAGGCGAAGAGAGCGGGUGUCGAGAAAGAGAGAAAAGAUGGCAGUAGAAGGUGCAGACGCAGACCGCUCCCUGACCUCCCUGAACGAGGAGCUGGAGUCUCUAAAUGCCAACAUCGACUACAUCAAUGACAGCAUCGCCGACUGCCAAGCUAACAUCAUGCAGAUGGAGGAGGCCAAGGUGAGGUGGAGGAUGGUGAUACAGGAGCCAUGUGUGGGGAUUACUCUGGAAAUAAGCCUCUGCUGAUGGAGGUUUACUGUGUGAAUCACUCACUGUGUUUACAUGUGCAAAAUUUCUUGAUUAAAAAUUUGAGGGAUCAGAAAAUCUGAAUCCCCCUUUAUAUGAGCGCAAAAUCAAAUAAUGAUGUGCGUAUACAUGCACUAAGAUUUAUUCGGAUUAGAUGCAUUUGGACAUGCGCAGAGUUGUCUAAUUUCGCUAAAACAACUGUGGGAGAAGAGUUGUAUUUACGCCUGUGCUGUCAACAAACCAACAAACUCAGUAGUGGUUAACUUCAUCCAAUUCAGGAUUUUACCCUCUGUUAAAUCUUGUCACUAGAUGGCGCCCUUGCAUACUUAUUUUACUGUUCUGUUAAAGGUUGUGCUGUGACAUGUGACAUCAUUAUGCUGUAUGUACGCCUCGUUACGUUAUCAGAGGAAAAAAUUAAUUAAUUAAAAAAUAAAUAAAUAAAUAAAUAGAUUAAUUAAUUAAUUAAUUAAUUAAUUAAAAAAACUUUUCAAAAUAAAUAAAUACUUUUUAAAAAAUAAAAUAAUUUUUUUUUUUUAAAGUUAUCGGAGGAGCAGGCUCAGCACCUCUGGUUGUGUUGUAUGCCAGCGUGUUAAUAACGAAACCUCCUGUACUGACCUCAAUAAACAAGCCAACAGCUAAAGAGUGAAGACUGAGUCAGGUUAAAGAGUCACGAUCGGAAUAAAUGUUUGCAUGGACGCAUAUCGGAAUAACAAUCGGCAUAAACCACCCCUCUCGAUCGGAAUACAAAUUCUUUCCGGUUGAGCCGAAUUGGAUCAGAAUUUUCAUAUUGACUCUGAUUUUGCUUUUUUUCCGACUUGUGAAAAAGUUCCCAAGCUGGGAACUCGGGUGUGACGUCAUUUUCAGCUCAGACCUCUGACUUCUGAGGUAACUUGAACGCAGCAUUAGGGUUAGAGUUAGGAGAUUCAGAACUGCGAUAAUAUUCUGUAAUGUUCUGUUCGAUGUACAGAGCCGACAGCCCACGUUUAGUUUGAGCGUGUGAUGACGUUUCACAGCCAAUCAGAGGCGAAGGAGGCGGGACCUUCCCCUACCAUCCUAUGAAAAAAGUAUCGUCCUGGACUGUUAUAGGUGUUCAUAUCUGUACAUGCGCAGACAUACACACUGUCCACUAUCUGAAGUGUUUCCGUUGUUUCUGACCCACAGGAAGAGGGAGACACAGUGGAUGUCACCGCAGUGAUUAGCUCCUGCAGUUUAUCAGAGGCUCGUUUCCUCCUGGACCACUUUGUAACCAUGGCAAUUAACAAGGUAACCGCUUAUUACCGAGGCUAACAGAGGCUACUUCAGAUAAAGACCUGGACCUCUCAUUGGGUUCAUUCUACACUGACAGGGUCUGCAGGCCUCUCAGAAGGAGUCCCAGCUGAAGGUGAUGGAGGGCAGGUUAAAGCAGACAGAGAUCAACAGUGCGACCCAGAACCAGCUGCUGUUCCACAUGCUGAAGGAGAAAGCCGAGAUCAACCCUGAGCUGGAUGCUCUUCUGGGUAGCGCACUUCAAGGUGAGAAAGAGAGAGGAACUCCUGGAGCUCUGAGGAUGUCGAGUACGUUCAGUUUUUCAAUGAGCAGCUAGAUUUUAUUCUGAGGGUGUCAGAUUUCUUCACAUUGAAAAAAAGUGUAGCUCCAUUUUUCUUUGAUUUUGAUUUGUUUUGUUUUGUUUUUGUUUGUCGUAUUGUCGUAAUCUCAGAGUUAGGUUACCUGUCGCCAGGUGAGUACAGGAUGCAGAGCGAUGUGACUGUGUUUAAAACAGAGAGGCAGAUGCACUCUCAAAGAUUUUCAAAGAAUUUUAAACACACCAGACAGAAAAAAAAAGUCCUUUAUGAUUAUCUCAGAGUUUUUAAUGUUUUAAGAUGAUUCAGAUUUACUAAUCUUUGAGUGUGCAUCGACCCUUCGUCCCUCUUUUGGAAACUAAUUCAGCUGUGCCACGAGGUGCAUGAUUUAAGUUUCCUCUGUAACCCCACCUGCUAGCAAGUAGCACUUAUCCAGGUCGCUGUCAGUGUACUUAACAGUUAAAUCUGAGCCGCAGUAGGAGUCAGAGCUGAAGCUUCGUGUGCGCAGCAGUUCAUGUGUUUGUGUUGCCGUCUCUCAUGCUUUUAUUUUUCUUCCUUUACGCAGGAUAAACUCUCCUCCAGUCUAGCCUAAAUGUCUCCUUGUUGUCCUUGUUUAUUUUUAACUCAGUCUGAGAAACCUUUGCUUGUUAUGGAGCGUUUUGUGCUGUAAUAUUUAGCAAAUUAAUGUCUGCGUUUUGAUUCAGCUUAAAGGGAUAUUCCGGUGUAAAAUUAUGCUAGGGUCAAACACACUAUAGCGCUGAGUUAGACACCCUGUCGAGAGAUGAAUGUUGCCGACCGCUUUCUUCUCUAGUUAUACCAACUUUAGUAACAAUCGCACGAUAGCAAUACACAGCGGUCUGAGGAGCCAUAAACAAACCUCAACCAAAACGCCACUCUAUAGCCACAAAUAAUGCUCAGAACAGCACCUAACAUUAUCAACAGGACAUAUGGGGUCACAGCCAUAGCACUAACCACCAAACAUCUUUUUAACUUUGCCUGAUUUCUUUAGCAAAGAGACUAAACACAACUCACCUACUCUCUUCCAGCAGCCGCUUGUUUGUACAAAGAUCUCGGGCCAGUCCAUUACGGACUAAAGCGGGGUGACGCAGCUCAAGGAAGAACAUUUUUGAUCAUUUCUUCAUGGAAAUGCAAUCAGACCGAGACGCUAAGGCAGAAGAACUACCGUGUCUGCAGUGCAAAAUGAUUAAUAUGGUGAUUAUUACCAAAGGAAAUGAUAAAUAAAUGAUCAUAAAUGUUCUUCCUUGAGCUGUGACACCCCACUGCAUUAGAUGGACUCUCACUACAAACAAGUGGCUGCUGGAAGAGAGUAGGUGAGUUGUGUUUAGUCUCUUUGCUAAAGAAAUCAGGCAAAAAUAAAAAGAUGUUUGGUGGCUAGUACUAUGGCUGGGACCCUAUAUGUCCUGUUGAUGAAGUUAGGUGCUGUUCUGAGGAUUAUUUGUGGCUAUAGAGUGGCUUUUUGGUUGAGCGCGUGGCUCUCUGUAUUGCUAUCUGCGGUCGUUACUAAAGUUGAUUUAACUAGAGAAGCAAGCGGUCGGCAACAUUCAUCUCUCGACUGGGUGUCUAACUCGGUGUUACGGUGUGUUUGACCCUAAAUCAAUUUUACGCUGGAAUAUCCCUUUAAAUCUUUCGCUUUACAGAAAAUGGAGACGACAGCAGCAGCGACGAGUCCACGCCCAGUCCAGCCACAGAGGGCAGGUAAAUUCACAUGCCACACAAAUAGCUGGAUUCCUGUCUUGGUCCCUUUAUAACAAAUCAAAUCCUCCUCUGUGCUCCGUGUUCAUGACUAACCUUUUCAUGUUAUAAACUGUAAAUGUUUUAUUUUAACUCAGACAAGCAUGUUCAGGAUGUAACUAAUCAAAACUCCUGGCUUUCUUUCAGCACACUGGCAGCAGAUCUAAUGAAGUUAUGUGGUGAAACUCGACCGAGAAGCAAGGUACUAAUCCGCGCACAGCAGCCUGAUAAGACCCGUAUAGUCGUCGAUCGAUAUGCUGUCACAGUAAAGUUCACAUCCAAAACAAGACACCUGGAUGCUGUGAUAGCCUCUCUUAUUACAACUUUUUGUUCAUUGAUUACUUCCUGCUCCACUGAUCCGCGAGUCCACUCAAUAUUGAGCCAAAUAUUUCUGGUCCCUCAGGCUCGCAUGCGCACCGCCACCCAGAUGGAGCUGCUGUACGCCGGCAGUGGAGAUCUGUCAUGUGAAUCCCCACCUGGAGACUUCCCGGCCCCUCUGCUGUCCGUCUCUGAGCGCCUGGAAGGGGCAGCGGACAUAAAGGGUCACAUGUUCGGUCAAACCCCUCACCGUGAGCGAGCUGUUUCACCAUCUGCACUGACUGCCCGGCCAGUUGGCCUGUAAGUGUUAAAGGCCAAAUCAUUCCGAAAUGAAAAUCUGUUUUUUUCUCAAACAGUCAUUAAAAGCUCGUCUGCCACUCGUAGGUCUGGAUCCAGAUCGCCUACAGGGACUGAGCGGAGACAACUGGAGCGCUCCCCGCUCGCUCGGAGGAAGUUGCAAGAGAGGGGAGUCACGGCAACGCACAUCCCAGCACCCGCCUCUACGCCGAGCCCAACGGAGGCUAAAACUAGAGGAAGCGAUCACAUACCAACGUAAGUAACUUAAGUGUACUUUUAACUAGAAAAGACUUUUCUAUAUAAUACAAUUGAAAAUGAAUUUUUUUUCUUUUAGUUUUUUCUUUUUUUUUCUGUUUUUCUCCCUUUUUUUUUUUUUUUUGCAUUUUAUCCAUUUAUCCCAUGAUUACAUUUACUAUGUACUGAUGCUGAUGCUGUUUAUUUAAUUAAUUAAUAAAUAUAUUAUUUAUUUGAUUAUUAUUCUAUUUUUUUUCCUUGCAUGUAAUUGCCCAAAUUUGGGUGGGGAAAAGGAGUGUGGAUAAAUGAAAAUGAAAUGAAAAAAAAAAAAAUUGAUCACAAAAAAAAAAAAAAAAAAUCCCUUUAUUUUGCAUUUUAUCCAUUUUUUCGCAUUAUUAUUUUUACAAUGUACUGAUGAUGCUGCUGUUUAUUUAAUUAAUAAAUAUAUAUGUGUAUAUAUCUAUAUAUAUAUAUAUAUAUUUCUUUUUUGUUCUUCCCUGUAAUCGCCCAAAUUUAAUGUCUCUCCCAGGACAAGGUUGAGGGUAAGGGGUGUGGAUAAAUGGAAAUCUAAUAAAAAUAAACUAAAUAAAAAAUUGAUCACAAUAAAACUAUAUAAAUAAAUAAAAUUAAAAAUGUCAGAAAAUACUUCACAUUUAAUUAAAUUCAUUUUAUGUUCUUUCUCUCCACAGGUUGGAAGAUUCACCCGUAUUUGAGGGUCACAGGUGCUCAUUUUCUCUCUUAAUACAAACAGUAGUUAAACAGUUUUAAUGCUUUUGCGUCUAUGUAGAGUUUUAAACACUCUGCAUGUAUUUCAGGGGAGUAAUCAAUCCUGUGACGGCCCCCAAGAACUGCAAAGGAGCCAAACUUCAGUGUGUUUACGUCGCAGAGGGGCACACCAAACCUGUCCUCUGUGUGGACGCCACAGACGAUCUGCUCUUCACGGGCUCUAAAGGUAAAAACGGGACACAUGCAGAUCUGGAUUUAAGAACCAUUAAAAGGGUUUUUCUCUUUUCUCAUUUGUCUUUGUCUACUUUCAGAUCGAACAUGUAAAGUCUGGAACUUAGUGACGGGUCAGGAGAUCAUGUCCCUGACGGAUCACCCCAGCAGUGUUGUCUCCGUCAGGUACGAGUCUGAUCACAGUAAUUGUAUUCUGUAAUUGAGUUUGGAUACUCUUAAUAAACACGUCUUUUUUUUGUACAUCUAUUUUCAGGUACACUUCCAGCCUCGUCUUCACUGUUUCCACCGCUUACAUAAAAGUGUGGGACAUCCGCGACUCUGCCAAGUGUAUCCACACUCUCACGUAAAUACUAACCCUGUCUCCUUGCACGUUAUUAUUGCACACACUGAGUCGAGUGCACACAAAUGAGUGUUGGCAUGUGUGUUUUGUGGACGUCAGGUCGUCAGGUCAGGUGGGUUCCGGCGACAUCUGCUCAUCGGCGAAGAGUUUAUCCAUCCCACCAGGAGAGAGUCAGAUCAACCAGAUCUCGCUCAAUCCGAACGGCUCCUUCCUCUACGCUGCUGCUGGCAACGCUGUGAGAAUGUGGGAUCUCCGCAAGUAAGUCGAGUUUAAACCGCACAGGAUUCAAUGAGUCGAAUUUACUCUGAAUUUGACAUUUACAGCUUUAAAAAUCAUGUUUUUCAUAAGAGAGCCAGGUAAUAACCACGAUUAAUCCGCUCUCUUCUCUUUUCUACCUUCAGGUUCGUCUCCACGGGGAAGCUGACGGGUCAUUUAGGACCUGUCAUGUGUCUAACAGUUGACAAGUUAGGUAAUGGUCAAGACAUGGUCCUCACCGGCUCAAAAGACCACCACAUCAAAGUGAGCGGGCGAUACACUCGAACACAGAGCUGUAAAAAUGUUCCCGUUCCUGCGUCACUUAUAAUAAAAUCAUCCGUGUUUGUUUUUUUAGAUGUUCGAGGUGGCAGAGGGCGCUCAGGGCAGCGUCAGCUCCUGCCACAUGUUCGAUCCCGCUCAUCAGGAAGGCGUUGAGUCCCUGGCGCUGCACAGAGACGUCCUCUUCAGCAGCUCCAGAGACUUCUACAUCAAGAAGUGGGAUUUAGCGAGUAAAGAGCUGCUACAGGUACAGGCUGGAGUCUCUUAAAAACAACAGCCUGAAAUUCUGAUUUAACAGCAGCUGACUGGCUGUUUUUUUUCCUCUUGCAGGCUGUUCACACACAGGCAGACUGGGUCAGCGCUCUGGGCUUGGUGCCAGGCCAUCCAGUCUUACUCAGCGGGUGCAGAGGAGGGCUGCUGCGCUUGUGGCACACAGAUUCGCUCGCACCCCUCGGCGAAGUCCAAGGACAUGACAGUCCAAUCAACGGGGUGGUCACCAACAGCAGCCAGCUCUUCACUGCCUCAGAGUGAGUCUUAAUAAAGGCUGUUUUCUGUUUCUUAAGUUUUUGUCAAAUACCCUUCAUCCUAAAACUAGAAUGUAUUGAUCAUCAUGAGCUGUUUCUGAUCGAGUUUCUCCUUGUUUCUGACCCGACAGCGACCGCACAGUCAAGAUUUGGGAAGCCAAAGGAUCUCUGGAGGAAGGACUCCACUGACACCAAAGUCCUGAAAUCAAGGAUCGCUUGCUUGAUCAAUAAUUAUAUCACUGAUAAGAAGCCUAAAAGUGCGAGUCUGACCUUUAAACUCUACUGAUCGCCAAGGAUUGACAUGGAUCAGUUUCAGGGAAGUUUGUUGAUCUUUGCCCUUUUGGCUCCAGACGGGUCAUAGCUGAUCUGCUGAGAUCCUCUGAGCACUAGAAAAAAUUGGAUCAAAUGAUGAAGAAAGACAAGUUAAAGAUCCAGGAUCCUCCGCUGCUUUAGCAUUCCUCCUACGCUCAGCACAAGACAGCGCAGCCACGGACACGCGGCUUGCUUCCUUGCACCAGGAAAGUCCAUCAGAAGUGAAAAUGGCUGCCUCCUGCUCACCAGCAAUCACUGUGCUUUCUGUUUGAUGUCAAGUACGUGUUCUCCGUAACCUUAUACCUGCUGAAAUCAGUCUAGUAUCGGUAAACUUGUUAUAUCCGGCUGUAAUUAAUCUUCGGCAAAUCAUCUACUGACUGAUCCUAAAACUUUGAAAAGGUAACUGAACUCGUCUUUUCACCUGAUAGCCUUAACCAGCAUGCUCGCAAAUAACCUUUGAAAUUCGUCGAGUUGCUCUUUUUCAGGUCUGGUGUUUGUUGACAGCAUAAUGAGUAGGGCUGGGCGAUAAACCGACAAUUUACCGAUCUAACUAGUAUUUUUAAGAGGCUGUGAUAAGACUGCUUACAUUCUUCAGUCAGUAGUUGCAUAAAAAGGAAAAAUGGGGAGUUUAUGUCAGUCUGGCACUUUGCUCCAAACUGAAUUGUAGGGCUGGGCAAUAAACCGAAAUGAAUGACAAUAACCAACAAUAACCAAUUUAUUAUAUAACGUGGGGCUGGGUGAUCAAUCUCAGAAGUCCGACUUUUCCUCUGAAUUCUGACUUUUUCUCUGAAUUCUGACUUUUUUUUUGGAAUUUUGACUUCAAUCUCAGAAAAAUGAAUUUUGAGAUUUGAAGUCAGAAAUCUGAGAUCAAAGUAGGAUUGGGCAAUAAACUGUAAAUUUACUGAUACCGAAAUUUACGACAAUAACCAACUUCAUUUUGUCCAUGUCAAUAUAUCCGGUGUCAAAAAAAUUAUACUUAAAAGUUGGUUUUGGAUGUGUGUAGGUAGGCUAUGGUCUCAUGUCCCUUUAAGACGCUGUCCUACGUCAGAGACGUGACUCCACCCCAUCCAGUCCAUAACAAAGAGGGAAAGACAGGUGAGGAGAUGGAGGACGGUUCAAAAGUUGUAGCGGCUGAAGUAGACGAAGUUAAUGUGAGAGGGGGUGAGCAGCGUGUGGAGUAGUUAUCGUUUAUUUAUCGUUAUUAAUAUAUCGUGAUAUUGAUCUGAGGCCAUAUCGCCCAGCCCUAAUAAUGAGAUUACUCUCUAAUUCAAAGUAGCUGUUACAGGUACGAGCUGACUGGAUAUUACACUGUGUCCCGUAAGCUUUGAAACCUCGUUUGUUGUUUUAGUUUCUCGGCUGAAUUGUUACCUCCCUGUCAGCGCGCUCUGCCGCGGUUUCUCCGACACGAUGGUUCUAAAGGCGAUCCGCUCAGUGUUAUCUUUCCCUGCAGUUAGUGAAGAUGAAGAAUCGAGCGCUUUACUCGAGAAGUUGAGAAGACACUUUAUGACGUGAGUGGAAAUCAUUCAUGAAUUCAUGGAAUCAAGCACCUUGUUUUGACAUAUUUUUGUGAAGGUUAAAAAAAUGUGUGUUUGUGUGUGAUUGUGCUCUCUCUCUGUAUAUUACUACAUACCUCUGCUGUUUUUGGCUCUGUAAACUGCACAGAUGCUGCAGUUCUGCAUAUCAAAAAUCAUUCAAACAUUUCAAUGCGAACUAUAUUUAUUUAUUUUAUCUUUUUCUUUCUCUGUGUCUUCCUCGUCAAUCAGAGAUUUUGAUGUCGUCGCGUCUUGAUCUUGAGUUUUCGCGUCACAGCUGACGGACUGCAUCGAGUUUAUCGGUUCCACUUUUAUUUAAAGUGUUUUGUCAGUGCCUGUUAUUUAUUUCAAAUUGUGACGACUUCAUCCAUGUAGUCUCUCCUCAUCUCAAAGGUCAGGUAAUUUAAAGAUCAUGAAUAUUGUUUUCAUGUUUUGGAGAUUCUUUGGUUUUUCGGAACUUUUUAUAGCAGAAAUCGUUGCACUCAAAAGAUUAAGAUUUUGGAAACUGUGGAUCAGUGUUUUCCCGUCAUCACACCCACGUACUUUUAAAAAAGAAAAAAUGAAGAUUAACAGUUAUUAGGAAAUAGUUUCAGCAGAAUUUGUGACCAAAAUAAUCCCACAAAGAAUCAUCACGAGGUAUAAUUCUUCCUAAUCAUCACAGAUUGGACAAAAUCUGAUUCAAAUCUUGAUUUAAAUGAUAUUUUUCUCUAAAAUUGACUCUUUUGGAAAACAUUUCUCCUUUUUAUUGUGUUGUAUAUAAUUUUGAGUGAUUUCCGACAUUGAAAAUAAAAUUUUUCAACAAGAAAAAA